GCAAAGACAAGAAUAUUAUUGUUAUCAGACUAUGGCUAAAAUAGCUGCUGUUCCUUCAAUAAUGGGCUCUGAAGGGUCUUUCAAAGUUGCACCUGUCGUUUCUGAGGAAGAAAUAUAUCGCUAUGUGGAUCUAGGACUUGGUUGUGGUGUGGAUGGUACUAGCCGAAAACCAUGGCUGAAUAAGACCUCCUUUCAAGCAAGGCAUGUCACUUUUGACAACAUCAUUGGAAGAGACGAAGGAGGCGCAAUGCAGGGCUAUGAGAAGGAGAUAUCAAGUUUUCAAGCUCUUCAAUGUGAAAUAACAACCUCCAUUGAUAGGCCCAACAAGCCAUUGACCAUUGGAGCUGAUUCUGAGCUCUCGCGCAGUGUUAAUUCCUCAAGGAGAGCAAUAGGGAGACAAAUAAUAAACAGGACAAUUUCCUUUAAAGAUGAUUUUGUGGAUGCACCACACAGUGAUGAAACAAUAUCAGAGAAAACCGGAGGAAGUUCUGAUAUACAAAAUCAUUGGAAUUUUGAGCAACGUCUAGCUCAUUGGAUCAUUCAAAGGCUAAAGGCUUCUUGGCAGCAACCACAAUCCGUUACUACAUCAGUUUCUGCAGUCAAGCUACUUCCACCACUCACACUACCAACAGAAACAGUGAAAGGAAACUGUCCUUUGACUGAUUUGCUAUUUGUAAUUGAGCAACAUCGUAAACCUGAUCUACAACUCAUCAUCAAGGGUUGUGAAGAGUUUCUUGAUUACUUUCGUGUCACUCAUUAUGUUAGUGCAAUUGAGUUAGGGGCAGCAGAAUACCAAGUCUUUACUGAGCAUGAGUAUCAGUAUUCCGAUGAUGUACUGGCAAAAAUGGAAAGUUAUUUGAGUGGAAAGAAGCAUGCACCUUCUAAAAUGAUGAUCAAGCGAAUCGGUACAUUUACAAGCGACAAGGUUGAGCAUGGAUCUUAUGGUGAAGCUGUUGUCAAUAUCGCCAUCAAAUCAAUCCUCACUUUGGUGAAGACUGACUUCCUACACGAAGCAAUGUCCACUGCACUUUUGAAAUAUUUUGAUUCACAAAAGGAUAAAAGCAAUGGUCCAUUCCUCAUAAGUUGUGAUCUUGCAUCAGGUCUCUUUCUUGCUGUUGAUCCAGAAACUCAUGCUGUUAAAGCUACUACUGAAGUAACUCAAGCCACACACUUCCAGAUCAUCCCCAGUAAUGAUAAAUACAAUGAGUUCUAUAUUACAUAUCACAAGGAGAUUGGACGAGUUAUUCAAAAACGUCGCGACUCGAUCUUUCAUUCUACUGAACCCUUAUCAACAGUUGCUUUGUAUUUGGAUGCUCCUGUGAGUGUGAGGGGACGAAACAAUGGUCCACUUUACAUGUCAGACACAGUCAGUGAUGAAUCCAGUAGAUUUGUACUACACAGUCGUAUAAUACAUAAUAAAGUAUCACCAGUUUCAAUCAGCACUUGGACCAGUGGGACUGAGAUGUUCUACAUCAACUGCUCUCGAAGGAAGCGCAAAAUAAAUGGCUACCUUGCCGUUAAACGUGUAAGAGAAAGAGGAACUAAUGAAGACACUUACAUAACAGCAUGUGUGAGCAGUAGAAAAUAUCAUGACAGCUCAAAUGUACAUAUGCUCUUUCAACUGGUACGAAGCUGUGAAAAGUUUGAAGAAAAGAAAGACACUGAUACUGAACAAUAAUUUUGUGAUUGAAUGUUCCAAUUUUGUCAUUAUUGUGUGUGUACUUCUUUUACUUUGAGUAUACCCUUUUGGUGUUGUUACUGUCAAUGUUAAUUGAUUUCUUAAUUUAAAUUUUUUUAAAGCAAA